UCGCAAAACGUAAACAUUUAUCAUAGUUCAUCUGUAAGUCGUUAAGACCUUUAUACUGGAUCGUUCCCAGCAGCUUGUAUUGAAAAUGAAAGCCGUGUACGUUCUUGCCAUUGCUCUGAGCCUGGCUGUGGCCACCCAGGCAGCACCUCAGUUCCUGCUGGGCACACUCACCACCCUCUCGCAGACGGUCACCAACCUGGUGACGCAAAUCACGACCCUGCUGAACAAUGUGCUCGUGUCGGCCGGCUCGACCACCCAGUCCGUGCUGUCGUCGGUGGUUGCGAACGCACUGUCGCUGCUGUUCGGACUAGCCAACUCCACCAUCUCGCUGCUGGCCGUUCCACAGGGUGCACUGGCCACGGUCAACACUCUGCUGACCAAUGCGCUGAACCAAAUCGCAACCGUCGUUGCCGGUGCCGGAACCUCGCUGACCACGCUGGUGCCAGCCCUCGGAACCGUGCAGACCAUUCUGUCCACGCUCGUUGCCAACCUGAGCGCGCUCAAUCUGACGGCUCUGGUGCCGCUCCAGACGACGCUGACCCAGCUGGCAACUACGCUCGGCAGCGCUGUGAGCCAAAUUUCGGGUUAAGCAAAAGGAUACGACUAGGAUGCAUAUGAUCAUGGAACAGUGUUCCGAAUAAAUGUUUGCAAAACUUCAAAAUACCA